AUGCAAUCCGCACUUACGCGCCCCAUCCUUCGUGCUACCGCACCAGCAGCCCUCCGAUCCUUCGCUACUACGCCGGCCAUCAUGGGAGCAGGAGACACGGGCGCCCCUAAGCCGCGGGGCUUUUUGGCCGAAAAGGACCAGUUUCAGCGUCGCGAGGCUGCCCAGGAGGGUCUGUGGAUUAAACAGCAGGAGCGGGAGAAGCUCGAAGCUCUCCGAACAAAGCUGAAGGAACAGCGCAAGCACAUGGACGAGCUGGACAAGCACCUGGAGGACUAUAUCAAGGGCCAGGGUGGCGAGCAGAACUAA